AUGUAUGAUGGUACCAUAAACAGGCUCCUCAGCAGUAUUUACUGCUUGCAGGGGAUAGCUCAUGCUGCUUUCGACACUGAUGACAUCUACCCACCUCGCCUGCCUGAUCUACGGGACCCGACUCCCUCGUAUGCCUCUACAUCUGGCCAAGGUGAGGUGGUUGACGGAGGACUAGAUUAUGUGCAUUACCAGAUCGAGUGGGGGGUAAAAUUGAAUAGCCGUGUGGUAGCAAAGAACACGGAGCAAGACUUAGCCCUGCUACCUAGUUUUUACUGGGAGCGGAUAAAGGAUACGGCUGGAAAUAUUCUGCGGAGAAAGAUAGCCUAUAACCGACGGGUGAGACUAGACGAUACCAACCUAGUGGUUUCUGUAAACGAACGUUCCUAG